CAGGCCUUCUGAGGCUGACCUUGCUGUAUUUUGGUGCACAGUCUUGCUUUUGUCCUUUUUUUUCUCAUUUUUUUGCACUAGCCUGCUCAGGCAGGACUGUUUCCACCAUGUGUUCCCAGCUCUGGCUACUGACAGACAAAAAUAUCCUGGAGGAUUACCCACAGAUGCGCAUCCUGGAGGCACUGAGGCAGCGAUGUCGAGACCAAGAGGUGGACUUCAGACUGGUGUUAAUGGAUCAGAUCGCCCUCACUGUCAUUGAUGGCAAGCUGGGCUUGCAGAUUGAUCAGAAGACAGUGACCUCUUAUCCUCAGGUUAUACUGGUUCGGGUCCCAACUCCUACCGUGCAGUCGGAUAGUGAUAUAACCGCUCUGCGACACCUUGAGAAACUGGGCUGCCGUCUAGUGAAUCGCCCUCAAGCUAUUCUAAAUUGCAUAAACAAAUUCUGGACGUUUCAGGAGUUAGCUGGCCAUGGAAUUCCUCUGCCCGAUACAUUCUCCUAUGGUGGCCAUGACGAAUUUUCAAAAUUGAUAGAUGCUGCAGAUCCGCUUGGGUACCCUGUGGUUGUGAAGAACACUCGAGGGCAUCAAGGCAAAGCAGUGUUUCUCGCACGGGAUAAACAUCACCUGCUAGACAUAUCUCACCUGGUACGCCAUGACGCUCCAUAUCUGUUUCAGAAGUACGUGAAGGAAUCACAUGGGAAAGAUGUGCGUGUGGUCAUUGUAGGUGGACAGGUGAUCGGAUCCAUGCUCCGCUGUUCUACAGAUGGCAGGAUGCAGAGCAACUGCUGCUUAGGCGGAGUGGGUGCCACCUUCCCUCUCAGUGAACAAGGAAAAGUGUUAGCUAUGCAAGUGUCUAGCAUCCUGGGAAUGGAUAUAUGUGGCAUCGACCUUCUCCUGAACGACAACGGUUCCUUUGUGGUCUGCGAGGCUAAUGCAAACGUCGGUUUCACUGAAUUCGACCAGGCCUGCCAGCUAGAUCUUGGCGGCAUUAUUGCAGAUUACGCAAUAUCUCUCCUCCCCAGCGGAGCAUCCAAAGAGGCGCCUGGGAUCCCCACUGCACCCGGCCCUCCAGAGAUCGCCGAGAUGCAACCAAGCGCGUCCACCAGCUCAUUCAAUGGCAGCGAUGGAUCGAGCUGUAGCCACGGUGUCUGUGACGUCAAGGAAAUCAGGGAUUUAAACCACGUGCCAAAGCCAUGCAAAUCUGCACUGACAGAUGGCGUCUGUGAUGGCGUCACAGAGUAAACCAACUACCUCUUAAUUUUCAAUGUAAUUGAAUGCAAUCAUCGG